AAUGUCUUCUUAAAAGAGAGAAUCAAAGUCCCCUUUAAAAUCCUUGUUAGCCGUAUUCUAAGGUGGAGGAGGAGGAGCCACAAAAGUCAUUCUACCACCCAAUACUUAAAUUGUAUUUAAUAAAGAAAAAGGAGUCUAUGAAUACCCAGGAAAAGAAGUUUAUUCAGAAAAGAAACCAGAACCUAAAGUUGAAGAAUAGAUUCCUCCUGGAGAAGUGAAGGAAUAUUUGAAGCCAUAGAAUCCUCAUUUAAGGGGGAAGUAACAAAGAUAAUAAAAGGACCAUUAAAUUAAAUAAGUACCACCAGUUGCUAUUCCAUCUUAAACAAAUAACAAUUAGACUUAAAAUUAAUAAUAAUAAGACAUAUCAAAACAAUAAGAAAAAUAACCAGAAUAAGAGAAAUAAUUAGAAAAUAAAGAAUCAUCACAAUAAACAAAUAUUUAAAAUAAUUCUCAAAUUGCAGUCAACUAACCAAUUACAAAUUAGACUUCUAUUCAAUAAGAUUUACAAUAAACUAAUCAUCAUUUAAAUAAUUAAUAGAUAAUAUUGCUAUAAUAAUAGGUUGUAUAAUUAGCAACAGAAAAUAAAGAACUUUAAUCAUAAUUAUAAGAAUUAUGUAAAGGAUAUAAUUAAUUGAUACUCAAUUAUGAUUAAUGUAAUAACUUUAUUCAAACUCUUCCAAAAGCACUUUUACCUAAGAAUUAUUUAGACAAUUUAGAUUAGAAUAUGAAAUAUUUUAAACUAUUUCAACCUUAAAAUAUAAAUUUAGACUUGUAAUAGUUCAAUUUAAAUUUAUUAAAAAACUAAACACAAGUCUUUGUACCUCCUUAAAUUAUAGAUUUUCCAAUUAGUAGUAAUGAAUAUUUGACUUAAAUUAUACAAGAAUAGAAUGAAGAAUUAUCAGAUAUGACUGAACUUCUUGAAUAAUAAUAAUAAGAAAUUUAGAAUAAAGAUCUUUAUAUGUAAUAAUAAUAAAUGUUAAUUAAUGAUUUAUUAAGAAAAUUAGAAGAAUUUGUGAAUUGUACUAAUGCUUUCAAAAAAUAGAUUGAAGGUUAAAGUGAAGAAAGGAAAAACUAUUAAUAAUAUAUUAAAUAAAUUGAUUUCAAUAUUAAAUAAUAAGAUUUAUAAAUUAAAAAUCUAUAAAAAGAGAAAGAAGUAUAUAAAAGAUAGGUUUAAAGUCUUUAAAGAGAUAAAGAUAUGUAUAUAAAAUAUAAUGAAGAAUUAAGAAGACAAUAUGAUGAAGAUAUUUAAAUGAUGAAUUCUCAAUUAGAGUAAUCUUAAUUAUUAAUAAAUGACUAAGAGUGUGCUGAAUUAAGAUAGAUUAAAGAUUAAUUAUAAUUUGAUUUAGAAAUAUCUAAGUCAGAAAUUUAAAAUCUUAAAUAACUUUUAUAUGAGAUAAGUACAGAGAUUAAUGUUGGAUUCAGAUUUUUAGGAUCAUUAGAAAUUAGAUAGAUUGAGACAAAAUUAGAUAUUUAAACAUUAUGUCAUUAAUAUAGAAGAGAAUAUUAAAAAUAAAUGCUAUAAAAAGAAUAAGGUCAUUUAUCUAUUUUAUAAGAUUACAAAGCUUAAAUAUUUUAAAUAAAUUUAUAAAAAUCAUCUUUAGAAUCAAUUGUUGCUUAAUAAGAAAAAUAAAUUAAUAAUUAUAUUAAUGAUGUUGUAUCAUCAAAGAAAGAAGUUGCACUUAUAUGUUAAGAAUAUGAUUAAAAAAUUGCAGAAAUGAAUGAUUAAAAGUCUAUUGUUUUAAAUGAGUUAAAAUAAUGUGAAGAUUAAUUAUUCUAGACUAAUUUACAAUUAAUAAAUCAAUAAUAAGAAUUCUAAUCAUAAUUAAGAAAAAAAAUCCUUGAACAUAAUGAAUAAAUAACAGAUUUAGAAAAAAGUCUAUAACAAUCUAAAAUAGAAUAUGAAUUUUUAAAAAAACAAAUUCAUGAAAAGGAAAAGGAUUUAGAAAAAUAUUCAUUUAAUUCAAAAGAAUUAUAAGAAUAAAUAAUUAAAUUAGAUCAAGAGAAAAAAACAUUAUAACAUUCUUUAUAAAAUUCAGAAAAAUUAAUUGAAUUAGAAAAAAAAUAAUUAGAUUAACAUAGGGAUUAAAAUUAAUAGAAAAUUCUUGAAUUAUAAACUUAAAUUGAGUAGAUGACUGAAUAAUUGAGUUAAUAAAUGAAUUUAUUUGAAGAGUAAUAAUAAGAAAAUUAAAAUUUGAUUGAAUAAAUUGAAAUAUAUUAAUAAAAAGAAUAAGAAUAUCAAUUAAUUUAAUAAUAAUAAGUAGUAUCAACUUAAACAGAAUAAUAAUUAUAGAAUCAAAUAUAAUAACAUGAAAAUCAAUUAUAAAUAAUAUAAAAUUCAUAUGAUGAAUUGACAAUUACAUAUUAAAAUUGUAAACAUUAAAAUGAUUCAUUAAAAUAAUAAAUAGAUUUAUUAAAUUAAUAAUUAUUUGAUUCCAAAAAUGAAAUUGAAUAACUUAAAUAAACUUCAUAAUAAUUUGAAAAUUUGAUAGUUUAAUUAAAUGAACAAAUAGAAGAAUAAAAUUAAAUUUAAAAUCAAUAAAAUUUAGAAUAAUAACUUUAAGAAGAAAUUAAUAAUAAAACAAAUAUAAUUAAUUAAUAAAAAGAAUAAAUUGAAUAAUUAACUGAAAAUAUAAGACAAUUAAAAGAUAAUAAUAUUUAAGAAAUAUCUUUAAUAAAAUAAUAAAAUAUAAUAGAAUUGAAUGAAAAAAAAGAAAUGAUAAUAUAAUUAGAAGUCUGUGUGUAGAAUUUAUAAAAUUAAAAUUAGAUUAGUACACAAGAACUUACAAAUUUAUAAUAAUAAAUCUAAAAUUAAAAAGCAUUACAAUAAUCAGAAAUUGAAAAUGAAAAUGAAUAAUUAAAAUAACAAAUUAUAACUUUUAAUGAAGAUAGAGUAACAUUGAAUAAUUAAAUUUCUUAAUUGUCUUAAUAAGUACAACAUUAUAGUGAUUUAAAUCAAUAAUUAACUUUAAAAAUAGAGGAGAUUUAAUAAAAAUUAUUAGAAUAAUAAAAUUAACCAUAAAUAUCUAACUAAAUUGAUUAAUAAGAAUAUCGUAGUUUGGAAUAAGAAAAUUAAGAUUUAACAGAUUAGAUUUCAAAAUUAGUUGAAGAAAUAGGUGUAAUUGAAUAAGAGAGAUCUUAAAAGGAAGCAGAGAAUGAUGAAUUAAAAAGUUAAUAUGAAUAAGCUUUAAAUACAAUAGCUGAAUUAAGAUCAAAAGAAUAUGAUGUAAGUUAAUUAAAACAAUCUCAUAAUUAUUAUUAAAAUUAAUAAGAUGAAUAUAAUAAUUUAAAGUAAUUAUAUGCUUAAAAAUUAAAAUUAAUAGAAUAGUUGAAUAAAUAAAUCUAAGAUUAAGAACAAUAAUUGAAAAAUUAUCUUUAAAAUGAAUAAGAAUUUUAGAAAUUAUAAGUUAAAUACUAAGAAUUAAAGGUAAUUAUUAUAGUUUAAUUUUUUUAGAAUGAAAAAGAUCAAAUUUAAUUAUAAAUUGAAAAGUAAUAAUAGACAUCAUCUAAGAUAGAGGAUACAAAAGAAUUUAUUGUUGAAUAAAAUUUAAAGUUGUAAAGAAUGGAAUAAGAAAUUACAAGUUUAAAUUCUAAAAUUAUGUAAUUGACUGCUUAAAGAGAUGAAUAUAAAGAAUAACUUGAAUUCAAAUAAAAGAAUGUAACUUCUUAAAAACCAAGUGGAUUUGUGGGUAAAUUAGCUGGAUUUUUCGCAACAGAAAGUGAAUUAAAAAAAAUGACUCAAGGGUAAUGA